UCUUUAAUUUGUUUCGAAUUUGAUUUUCAGCAUAUGUUUUGGUGUUUGGCCUUAUAUGUAGCCCCUUUAUAGAAUUAUAGACUCAUUGGUUACAAUGUGAAAAGGCAGAAAUGGCUCCUUAAACAUGCUUGAAAUUGAUUUUUUCAAAGCUUAGGAUACAUCCAAUUGCAGUUUGGUUAUCUGGCAAUAUUAAUUUCAUAGCUCAUUCUGAGUUGUGUGACAGUCAGCUAAAUUCACAGCUUAAAAGAAUGUCAGAGCUUUGAUAAACUUUCGUGAGAUUUCAAUGGGGAAGAUGGUGGAUCUGCUAAACCUAAGAGUUGAGUCUUGGGUGGUCUUGGUUUGAGAAGAGCUAGAGAUAUAAAUGGUGCUCUACUGCUAAAUCUGCAUGGAGGAGGAUUGCUCAAAAUGAUUAUAGUCUAGAAUUUCAAGUAGAGGGUCAAGUAGCUGGAAAGGCAUUCUUUGUGGUGCUGAAAUAUUGGAAAAGGCCUCAUCUGUAGGCUCUGUAAGGGAAGUUGCAUCCAUUUUUGGUCUCCCUUUAUUAGGCUGUUAAAUGAUUUUACAGCUGGGCUUAUUGUUGAUGAUAUGUAGGCAGUAGGCUGUGGCUUUUACUGAUGGAUACUGGAAUAUGCCUAAUCUGAGAAAUUUAUUUCCUAAUAUGCUUGUACGUACAUUCCAUGUUUUGUAUUUGUUCUUACCCUCAAGUAAACGUGGGAUGGCAUUGUCAUAUGUUACUUGGGACAAGGCACUCCCUCCUGAAGCCUUCUUUAUUUUUUGUUAUUAUUUUUUUUUUCUUAUAGCCUUCAGAUCGAGUUACCAAAUUGGGUCUCAAUGAAAGUGACAACAGCACUAUGUAGACGGGGAUAGCUUGGAAUUUGGAGACCUGCUAGUAUAUUUGAAGAUGGUGCUGCAAAAUGUUAUUUGGAGAUCAACUUGUGAAUGCUGUUAAGCAGGUAAGUCUGCCUCAAGUAAACUUCCAAGAACCGAGUCUUGGACAAGUUCUCUUCCAGGUACUCUAAAACACUUCAUUGUUUAUUUUAUAUCCCUGAGACCAAGGAUCCUAAAAACAUAUUACUUCCAAGAGUGAUAAAAAAAAAUUGACACCCACCAUGCAUAUACUAAGCAUCAGAAUGCUUUCACAUUGUCAUCUUCUAGAUAUCACCUACAUUAUUAGUUUUAAUUGAACAAUAUUAACUGGCACACCCCUCACGGGUGCCUAGUCUGAUAAUUUAUGUUAGUGAAGGGUGAACUUAUGUUUGUCUUAAGUUAGCUCAAGGACCUUAAUCUAAUAAUUAAAUUAUCAAUUAUUGUUAUGAGAGCCAACUGCUACCUUUAUUCCAGUUACUUAAUUGACUUGGUACUUAAGGGCUUUCAUUUAAUUGGUAUUUAUACUACAGGGAUGCUGAUAUGUUCGUAAUUAAACGUUAAAAGUAUCGGAGAAUACUGAAUAGUGAAAUAUAACUGAAAAUGUAGAAACAAUACUUUGAUUAACAACCACAGAUGGUUCAAAUGAAGAAUUAAAAGCUUGCUGGUGCGAUAUGAAUUUCUUCAUUUCCUUAACUAAUGAAACCUACUUGCAAAUUUCAUUAACAUAAGAAAAUGAAUACCAUCUAGAGAUUAGUCCAGUCCAGUGGCAUUUUAUAUUGUUAGCUAUGGUCCCAAGUUCGAAUCCCCCUCUCCAAAUAAGACAAAUAGAAUUCAGCGUGAGAGAACUUAUAUUUCAUUAUAAAUCUUUUCUUAUUAAAGUUAACGUCCCCAACUGCUUUUGGACUAUAUCAAGUAGCUUUUAGCAAACAGAGUCAGCUUGACGCCAAUUAGGUGGAGAGGUUUCUUUCUAAUACAUAAAACAUUCAUAUAGACAACUAUAACUUAACCUAAAUUAAAAACAAAAAUAAGAAGUUUAAAUCAUAUUUUAACUAAUAAUGCUCCUAUAUAUUCCACCACUCCGAGUUCAAUCUCCACCAAGUAGAGAUUGACUCAAUUUAGACAAAUGAGAGUUUCCUACUGCUAUCUGCUUCUCCUUUUUCUUUUUCCUAGCUCACUGAAAUAUUUCAGUCAGUUAUGUGGUGCUAAUCCUGAUCCUACCAAUGGAUUCGUCUCUGUCCCAUUAUCAGAGUACAACUUUGAAUUACAGAAACCCUAUGACAUACCACUUGAGCAACGGUACAGUUAUGUUGAUGGAGUCAGGCAUUUGUGGGUCUAUGCCGAUGACAAGCCACAUAACCCGAAUAGUCAAACUCAGCCACGCACUGAAGUUCGCAUUAGGGGACUCGACUAUUCAUCUGGAAUAUGGCAAUUUGAAGGGUAUGGCUUUGUGCCAAAUGGAACCUCUGGUGCAACCGUAGCACAGAUCCAUGGAGCAGCUCAGGGCGCCACCACUAUUAUACUAAGAAUCUACAAUGGCGAUAUGAGGUAUUAUAGUGGAGACUUGGUGGCUACUGAUCUUUACGAUAAGUGGUUCAGACUUAACAUUGUACAUGAUGUGGAUGGAGGGACUGUGACUGUUUAUAUUGAUGGACUCCGGAAAUUUCAAGUGAAAGAUAAAGGGCCAGGCGACUUGUACUUCAAAUGUGGAGUUUAUGCUGCUCCACGUAAUAUAAGCUAUUACAUGGAAUCACGUUGGAAAGACAUCAAAAUAUAUAAAAAGUGCUGAUGAAAUGAUAAAGUACUUUAUUAGACUAGCUACUAGCUAGAUGUAAUGCUAAAUUAGCUAAGCUUGUAAUUUCUGUGAUCGUAUUGCGUAUUAGUGUGACCAAUAAAUUAGGUUUGUUCCUAUA